AUGGCUCGCGGUGCACUGUUGUCAAAGGUGCUGCUGGCCAGCGGCCUCCUUAUUACCCUGAGGCUGCUGCCGAGAAGCGAGACCUUCGUGACGCCAAAGCUGCGCGGUGAGGCAGCCGCCACGAUGGCAGCCGCCAUGGUCGCGGCGAGCGUUGCGGCCCCAAACCCUGCUGUGGCAGAGGUCCCGAAGUUUUCCUUCUUUGGCCUGGGUGGCGGCAUUCAGUCCGACAUCUACAACCAGAACGACAACCCCAUCAACCCAUACUCGCAGUUCAGCGAGAUCGGCUCGGACAACGUUUACCAGGCCCGGAAACCCGAUGAGGUCGACCGAAGGAAGAAGGACCUCGCCGCUGCCCUCACCCGCUUCGAGAACACCGAUGUGUACAUCAAGACCAAGCAGGCGCAGCAGCUGAAGUCCAACCUGCUGGAGGCCGCCAACAUGAGGCAGGACCUGAUCUACUUCUCCGGUGCGGAGGGCUCCCCCGCUUACCAGAAGGCCCGCGACUUCUCCCAAAAGAUCGCCACCCUGGGCGUUGAUGGCGAGCAGAAGCAGUGGGGCCUGGCGGCUCAGGACUUCGCAGCAGCGACCAAGAUCCUGAAAGAGUGGAAGGAUGUGGCCAAGUUCUGA